AUGUCUCAGAUAUCACACGCGUCCUUUUGGGGCUUGCGGGUUUCCCCGAACGUUUCCGAUACCGGCCGGUUCAGUGCGAUGGCGAAACUCAAAUCGAAAGUCGGUGACUCGUCACAACCGGAUGGCGCAGACUUGUACACCUUCCUAACGCCACUUUACUACUUGGCUAAAGCCACCGGUCUUUGGCCGCAAACGAUGAAACGCUCAUGGCCAGGUUUUACGAUUUGGAGUGUGCUCUAUCAGGUUGGGUUGUAUGCCUUUAUCGGGUUCUGUAUUUAUGUAAAUAGCGACGUUGCUCUUUGGAGCCAGUACAUGAAGGAUAUUGAUUCGAAUAUUUUGCAAUAUGGACUGCAGAUUCACGUUAUCAAUGGCCUGGCGAUGGCAAUCAUCAUGAGCGUGGUGAAUUUAGUUCAGCAUAGAAAAAAGUGGAGAUUUUUGGAAAUGUUGUCCGAUACCAACGAGAUAUUUUCCAAAGAAUUUUUCGUUGUAAUUCCAUACAAUACAAUUAAAAUCGUGAUUUAUUGGGUGAUGUUUUUUGAGCACGUAAUUCUGAUUACAGUGAUAUUAAGCUACUAUUACCUGUUGGCGCACAAACUAAAGAUUGUGACGAAACUACUGUACGUUUCAUACUACAUAAUCAACAUUACCACAAUGGUUUUCACCAUAGACUAUAUAUCCUUCGUCCUUUCGAUUCGAAGCAGAAUGAUUUUGGUGAAUCGCUGCUUAAAGCAGCUGCUGUUUGAUAAGAGCGAUGAACGUUUUCUCGAAUCGGAUAUGAGUACGCCAACGAUACUAUACGACGAGAUUUUUAGCAUUUAUGGAAGCGCAAAAAAGGAUUCAAAUCAACCCGGAAUGCGAAUCGGAAAGGAUCCCAGCAAACAGCCGCCUUCUAAAAAGUCCUCUUUAAUGAGAUUUCUGCCUAAUGUUUUCAUUUACGACAAGAUGAUCAUAAAGCGGCCGAAAAUAGAUCGGUAUUCAACGUCGCUGGAAAUUUCACAGUUUAUCGAUAAACUGUCCUAUGUGCACUACAAGGUCGGAGAAAGCGUGAUUCAGUUGAACAGAAUUUAUUCCCUACAAUUAAUGCUUCACUUUUGCGCAAUGUUCUUGUUCCUGGUUUUUGGACUGUUUGCUUUAUAUAAAGCCUUCAAUGUAAGCUCGACUCCCUUCAGACUAUUGGCCACAGCAAAUGGAUUUUGGAUUGUGUAUUACUUGGUAACAAUCGCUGGGAUUAUAAGUGUGACAUCAAGUACAGUGGAAACCAACUAUGCAUCCGGUGAUACUGUGCAUCAAAUCAUACGAAACUCCCAGAGCACGUUGGGGAAUGACAUUGUAGAGAAGCUCUCUACCUUCGCACUGCAGCUUAAAAUGCGACGCGUUGCAUUUUCUUGUGGACUAUUUCACUUUGAUUGGCCGCUGUUCGCUUCGAUUCUAGCUGCCAUUGCUAUGUACUUGGUGUUUUUGAUUCAAUUCGAUGUUUCACCGACGCAAGCAAACGUUUCAAAAGAAACGUGA